GAUAAUGAAAAAUAGUAUUUACUGAACACUCACUUUACGAUAAGGAAAUGAAUGGCGACCAAAACAGAAACACAGAUGUCAUUUGACAGUGUCAAUAGCGAACGUUCCACGAUUAAUAUGCCAGGUCAACUUCCAAUGUUAAACGGAAACAACAGAAUAGAUCACAACAAAUGUCGGUACCCCCACUGCAUUGUGUGGACACCGAUACCUUGUAUAACGUGGCUUUUCCCAUUCAUCGGACACAUGGGAAUUGCAACGACCUCCGGUGUCAUUCGAGACUUUGCAGGACCAUAUUUUGUUUCAGUAUGUAAUUGGAAACACUCAAUUUUGAUAUAUGUGAAGAUACAAAAUGCAACAUUCUUGUUGACAAGGAUGAUAGAUAAAAAGAUUAAUCUAGCCAGUGCACUCCCCUAA